GAUUCUCCGGGAUGCCGGCCGCCGGCGGGGCCUCAGUCUGCUCGGAUUAUCAGCUCGAAGAGGCCGUCCUGUGUGAGUGCCAGACCGGGAAGAAGAGGCACCCUCACAAGGGAGGGGGGAGGGUCGGCUGGACCGGUGAUAACAGUGUGCCUGGAGCUGAGCAGAUGAACCGUGAAGGUGCCCACGAGAAGAGUCCUGAGGAGAUGUACAUCCAGCAGAAAGUGCGAGUGCUGCUGAUGUUGAGGAAGAUGGGAUCAAAUCUCACUCCAAGUGAAGAGGCAUUUCUUCGAACCUAUGCAGGGGUAGUGAACAGCCAGCUUAGCCAACUUCCACAGCACCCGAUUGAUCAGGGCGCAGAAGAUGUAGUGAUGGCCUUUUCCAGACAAGAAAGCGAGGACAGGCGGCAAUGAAGGGGAAUAGUUACUGAUGGUUGGGGGCAGGCAGCAAGAUUAUCGACAAUGUGUGUGAAGAUUCCAAGGUGUUCAUGAGUUGCUAGUCUCCUCAUGUACUGCAACAUCACAGUUGUGUAUCUGUGAUAACCAGUGUUGCUCACCAGGAUGGCCUCUACCGACCAGAAAAAAAAGACUUGUUUUUUGAUUGGUAGACAGGAUCCACUGUCCCUCUGUUUUAUUUCUAUUUGUUUGUGUUUCUUUUUGUAAAUACUUGUGCUACAGGCCAUGAGCAAUCUAAAUGCAGCUCAGAAUGCAGUGUGACUAAAGCUGGUCUGUGCCCCUCUGCUCUGCACUGAAGCAUCACUUAUCUCCUCCCACUCUUGAUGCUGAUGCAGUAUUUUCCAGCUUUUGCCAGUGGACUCUGGAGAAUUGAUUAACAUUGCACGUCCUUUACAGCAGAAUGAUAAACAGUGGACUGGAAACAGCACCAUACACAGCAUUCAGACAAUUUGAAAUGUUAAAUUAGCUUAAGUUGCAGGACCUCCUAAAACCAGCUUUAGUUAUUUGUUCCUUUUUGUCUCGGCAGUUAAGCAGCAUGCACAAAUUUUUAAACAACAUCUUAUGCCAUGACCAAAAUGUAAUCAAAUAGCUUGUGUGUUUUAUUUUCAUUUCUCUUGGCCCCUGUCCGCCUUUUUAAGGGAAAAUGAUCACCGAAGCUAACGGUUUACUAAAAGAAAAUACAAGCUUCAAACACCAGAGAGGACAAAGACAAAAAAAAUCUGAUUUAAACAACAUGGGGUAUCAGGGAUAGCAGGAACUGCAGAUGCUGGAGAAUCUGAGAUAACAAGGUGUAGAGCUGGAUGAACACAGCAGGACAAGCAGCAUCAGAUGAGCAGGAAAGCUGACGUUUCAGGAAGGGUCUAGGCCCAAAACGUCAACCUUCCUGCUCCUCUGCUUGGCCUUGGGCUGUGUUCAUCCAACUCUGCACCUUGUUAUCUCUGGGUAGCAGGGAAGCAGACCAUCAGGAAAAAGAUGUGGUUUUUAAAACAUUCAAAAUGGCUAAAUUAUUGAUGAGAAUGCAGUUGCUGAAUAAACCUAUCCCGUUGGCCCUGGGAGAAUGCAAGCGUCCAUUGCAUUACCUUUUUGAAGUUUGGAUGUUCGCAAAGUGAAAGUCUAGUGUGCUUUAAUCAUUCAUGUUUUACAACAUAUGUGUCAACCUGCCCAGCUGUCUGCAGUUUUGACUGUCCUAGUUUUAGUACUUCUUACUCUGAACUUGCUCUCAGUGAAGCGAGUGUUGCAUCUGUAUAUGUGUUUUAAUGUGACAGCUGAAUUAAUGUUGGGAUGCCAUUGCCUGGAAUGACAUUUACAGGUAUUUCUUUGAAGCUGUGUGCUUCUAAAUUAGCUAUACCCUGGCACAUUCUGUGCUCUAAACAGUAUUGUCCUUGAAUUGGGUUGCAAGUAAAGAAAUGCAUUGAUUUUUCUUCUCCUACAAAUAAAACCCAGCAGAAAACAAAGUAAUAAGAGUAGUCUGAUUGAGGAAACUCCGUUCCUUGCUGCAAUGCUGUCAAAACUUGCUUUCCAAAAUGAUUAGCACUUCCCUCCCCGAAAGAAAAAAAGAAUAAAAUUCUGCUCCUCUCACAAAAUUUUCAGAUUAAUAGGAGCUAAUCUUUUGAGUAAAGUGCUUGUUUCUGAACUGGGGAUAUUUCAAAGCUUCAGAUGGGUUCACCUUUCAUGAAGUGCUGCUAUAUCUUGAUGAGCGCAGUCAGAUUUAUUUUUAGCAGAGGUACUCUACAUGUGAUAUAGCUGACACUAUUGUGUACUUUGUAUCUUAAAAAUUACAGUAAAUGUAUCCUCCAUGUAUCCCAAGCUCAUGCCAGUUUGAGAUGCAAUGAGUUUUCCACCUCAAUCGACUUACCCUGUUUAACAAUCACUCAUGUUUUAUGGUUGGGUGAGUUGUGAAAUCUUCUGGAACUUUACUCUAAGACAAUAGAAAAUGCAUCUGAAAAUUGUCACCCAUUUCAAUUCGAGUUGAGCAUUUUGGCUUUGUUUUCCCCUUGUGGCUGUGAAUUGUUCGCGUUUGAAUUGGUCCCUGUUGGAAUUAUUGCUGGGUAUUAGAAAACAGGAUCAUUUCAUUUUGUGAAGUUAGCAGUAAGCUCAUUAUUGCUUCAAUGUACAGAGCUUAAACCUUGCUGAAAGGAGAACCAUGUUGUUGAAGUUUUUUUUUCCUCUUGCACUUUUUAGUAUAAAUGCAGGAAUGCCACAUUUUAAAUACUUUGUUCAAUCAGAAUUUACUUGCCAAGCAAUCAGCAUCCUUUUCUCCUGUAGUAUAAGUUGUUGUGAUGGUUUGGUAUUGUUGCAUGUGUCCUGAGGAAUUAAUGGUGAUAAGUUUCAACAAAUUGUCUCUUUUCAGUAAUGAGAAGUUACUGCUGUGUUAUGAUCCACUGGGUGGACCAUUGCUGGGUAUGUAUUAGGAGGUAGUGGUAAUGACAUUAAGCUAACAAUGCGGAGCCCUCGGGUAAUGUUCUAAAGGCAUGGGUUCAAAUCUCACCAUGGCAGAUGGCAAAAUCAGCAAGAAUCUGCAAUUAAAAGCUUAUGUGAUGCUGACCAUUUUCAUUGACAGUUGUUGACUAUUGUUAAAAAAAAAUCUGGCUCACUGAUGUCCAGCCUCCAUGUGAUUCCGGACCCACAACAAUGUAGUUGACUCUGAAAUGACUUAGAAAGUCAUUCAGUUCAGAGGCAGUUAAGGAUAGGCAACAACUUGCCAGCAGCACUAAUCUUCCUGCAAAAAUAAAGAAAUUACGUAGUUGCAGAGUCACAGCUGUGUCCUAAAUACUGUCUAAUUUAUGAGCUCAAUGUUCUGGAUUGAAGCUAUCUUCUAUAUCUAUAAUCCCCAACAUUGUUAUCUAGGAAAGAUGUCACUGCUAUUGAGGUUUAAUGGCUCUGUAAUAUGCUGUGCAAGCAUAAAACAGGCAUCCGUUGGUGUAUCAAAACAAUGUCUCGUGUGUAUGCCUGUAAUGUAUUGUGCCCCUUUUGCAAAACUGGACUGGCUGCAUUCAGAAAAACACCUAAAUGUGGCCUAACUGGCAAUCCUUAAUUUAUGAAUAAUGCCAUGCUUCGUGUAAUAAAUGAGAGCUGCGUCAGUGACCAGCUUGUGCCAUCUCAGUGGGAUUCCAUAAAACUCACCAUUUUACAGCUAUUGAACUGCAUUGGCAGUGAAAUAGCCUUUGUUUGGUUCCCUUUCCCAUUUGUGUCAAUUGUGACAAUAAAGCAAUUUGUUUACAAUAAUGAAA